GACGACAAAACAGCUGUCGCUAUAUCACCAUCCUAUCAUUUCUUUUCGACUCUCUGUUUCCAACACACGGCAGCGCGCCGACCGACCUUCAAAAUGGCCAAGCGCGUAUACUCGCGCCGGGGUAAAACCAGCAUGUACAUGGACGAUGGAGAGAAUAAGCGCCGGAAGCCGAGCCCACCGGACCAGUCGUCUCCUCCGACUCGUAGCGACGAGGAGCGAGCGGUCGGGCAUAUCGGCUUGGAUGAGGCUGGCGGGGAGAGCGUGGGGAGCUCUGAGUCGGUGUGUGGAUCUGGUGGUGCGGCUGCGGAACUGCUGAGUUCUAUGUAUCCCAGUUCGUCUCCUGCGAGAGUGCCAUUGCCGUCUUCACCUACCGAGGAGAACGUGGGGAGCUCUGAGUCGGUGUCUGGAUCUACUGGUGGUGCCACGGAACUACCGGCUUCUCUAUUCCCAACUUCGUCUCCGGCGGAGGUGCCUUUGCCGUCAUCGCCUAUAGAAGAGAGCGAAUUGUUCCUGGAGGAGGCGGUUUCUGAAUGUCCCAUCUCUGAGGUGUCUAGUGUGGAAGAAUUUUCCCCUGCGAGUAGGCGGUUCGACGGCCCUCGGGCCUCUGGUGUGGCAGAGGUGUCCCCUUCGAGCACGCCGUUGCCGCCAUCGCCUGUUCAGCAAAUCCAGCUUCGACCGACCAAGACGCUCACUGGACGCCGAAUCUCUUCGUCAUCUAAUAUCGCAACGCUGUGGGAGAGGAACCGCGAAAAGUCGCCGCUUCUUCGUCUGCCACCUGAGCUGCGAGCCUACAUCUUCGAGCUGGCGCUUGGUGGGAAGAGUAUUUUGAUUGACUACCGCACUUACGAGCGAGGAACUGGGAAACCCAUCUUCAAAUACGACACCACGAUCGUCGAACAAGGCGUCUGCAACAUUGAAGAUAUCAGUUUCGAUAACUUGUCGGGGAGCCGUAACGCCGCAGAGUCUUUGAACGAUCUGAAUCCCCCUCAACCCAUCCUCCUGGCAGACGGCUUGACCUACUACUUCCCCCAUGAGAACACGUACAAUUUCGUUGAGCUCAUGCAGGUAGCGGAACACCCUUACUUUUUUGAAACAGCCCAGAUGACUUUUCUCAACAACGUAUGCCGGCAAUUGUACAUCGAGACGGCGGCACUGCCCUACCAGCUCAAUCUAUUGGUAUUCAGGAAUAUUAACAUCGCGUGGAACUUCUUGGUAGCGGAUGAAAAGACAAACGGGAAGCGUCACAGGCGUCACAGGGACGCUAUUCGUCAGAUGAUUGUACUGGGGGAUCUGCCUGGAGACAAUCUGAUCAGUCAGAUGAGGGGCUUAGUGUAUCUUAGGGCUCCUGAUGGAGUACGAGUGCGUGUUUGCGCAUAA